AAAAUGGAGUGAUUGAAAAAAAUGAAAUACCAAAAUUAAAAACUAUACAAAAUUGGAUCUCUCAUUAUGCAAGUCAACAUCACCAAGAAGCAGCAGAGAUAAUAGCUCAGGUACAAGAAAAGGCCUAA